AUGGCAACACUCCGACUUUCGGUCUCGGCCUUAUCCCGGAAGGCGACCAGCAUUGCUCGCCCGCAACUUUACCGCGCGUAUCAGAGAACAUGCUUGCCCCCGGUUGCGUCGAUAGCUCGGGCAAGAUAUUCUACUCCUUCACCUCGCACUGGAGAAUCUACCCGGGCCCGAGCUCCAGCAAUUGAUCGUUCAGCUUCAAAAUUGUUCAAAAAUGCAGAUGAGGCUGUCGCUGACCUCCAGAGUGGGUCAACUAUUCUUAGCUCCGGAUUUGGUCUUUGUGGAGUUGCAGAUACCAUUAUAUCUGCGAUUCACCGACGGGGAGUCGAGAACAUCCACUCUCUAACGGCCGUCUCAAACAACGCUGGCGCAGCCGGGAAGGGAGGGCUGUCUACGCUGACACAUUCUGGUCAGGUCGAUCGACUAAUCAUAUCCUACCUUGGGAAAAAUAAAGCGCUUGAGAAAAAGUACCUCUCGGGGAACAUUGCUAUCGAGCUGUGUCCCCAGGGUACCUUGGCUGAGCGGUUGCGCGCAGGAGGAGCUGGCAUCCCUGCUUUUUACACGGCUACUGGAGCUCGUAUGUUCAGCAAUGCAAUAUUCCGUGAAGUGGGCGAACUAACUUUUGUAGAUACCUACAUCCAGGAUGGAAAGAUCCCUGUACGGCUUGAUGCAUCUGGUAAGGUUCUGGAGCAUGGCAACCCUCGCGAAACGCGGGUUUUCAACAACAAGACAUACUUGAUGGAGACUGCGCUUACCGGGGAUGUCGCCAUUCUUCGCGCGUGGAAGGCAGACGAGGCCGGGAAUUGCGUUUUCCGCUACACUACGAAGGCGUUCGGUCCGAUUAUGGCCAAGGCAGCUACUCUGACCAUUGUGGAGGCCGAAAAUAUUGUCCCCGUUGGCUCAAUUGACCCUAAUGAUGUUGAUUUGCCUGGAAUAUUCGUGGAUCGGAUUGUGCCUGCGACUAGCGAGAAGCACAUUGAAAUCGUGAAGCUCCGGACGCCAAACGAUGAAAGCACCACCGCUGCACCAGAGGAUCCGGCUAUCGUCAAACGCAAUAAGAUCGCCAAAAGAGCUGCCAAGGAACUCAAGCAGGGAUACUAUGUGAACCUCGGAGUUGGAAUCCCUACAAUUGCGGCUUCGAUGCUGCCGGAGGGGGUUAAAGUUUGGAUUCAGUCAGAAAAUGGAAUUCUCGGAAUGGGACCGUACCCCACAGAAGACGAAGUUGAUCCAGAUAUCAUCAACGCCGGCAAAGAAACCGUCACCCUGGUCCCAGGCGCUGCUACCUUUGACAGCACUGAAUCGUUCGGCAUGAUUCGGGGCGGACACGUCGACGUCUCGAUCUUAGGGGCCCUGCAAGUUAGUGCCAAAGGCGACCUAGCCAACUACAUGAUCCCUGGCAAGGUAUUCAAGGGCAUGGGAGGCGCCAUGGACCUAAUCUCCAACCCGGACCGAACCAAGAUCGUUGUCGCGACCAGCCACACUGCAAAGGAUGGAUCCCCAAAGAUCGUCUCGGAGUGCGCACUGCCCUUGACAGGAGCGAACUGUGUGAGCAUGAUUAUCACAGAGCUGUGUGUAUUCCACGUCGACCGUACCAAGGGGGAACUUACCCUAACUGAGCUUGCGCCGGGUGUGGAGGUUGAAGAGAUUCGCCAAAAGACUGGAGCGAAGUUCAAGGUUGCUGAGAAGCUCGAGAUGAUGUGA